AUGUCGGCAGCGGUGUUGUGGCUAGGCGACUUCAACCUCAGCAAUGGAGGUGUCGGAGACGAAGAGGGAGGCAUAAGGUGGAGCGGUGUGGCGGCUGAAAAAUGGUUGGCUAGGGUUAGGUUACUUCUUCAUAUACCCUCCACUCACCACUCCGAAAGAGAAAAGAACAACAACAACAAAGGAAGAAUGAAAGGGUAUUCAAAGAUGCAGCUGAUCGACGACAGUCCCACAAGCACCAGAUCCAAACCCCCAACAAGUUCAAAUUCCCAAUACGACGACUAUAACAAUCAUCAUGAACUGCAACAAAAAGAAGAAGAUAAGAGCUUCCCCAAUGCAACAAGUUCUAUUCCUGAUACCAGGUUUAAUCGAGAGAAAAAGAUCAGUAGUAACCUGCAAACAACAGUGAAAAAGGCUUUCUCCAUGAGAAGAUCUUCAUCUAUUUCUGAAAAGUAUUGCAGGAUCCAUGAUCAUUCUUUGAAUCUUCAAUCCGAAUGCGAAGAUGAAGAAGAAUCGCAGGUAAAAGGAUCUACAAACAAGAAGGGAAGUGUUCUAAAAGCCUGUAAGCGCAUUUUUCGAAUUUGA